AAUGGGAAGCACGCGAGACGGUGGCAAAGCGAGUUACGGUCUACAGUGAAAUCCGCGGCUGCUACCAUGCUCUCCAGGUCUCUCUCGUGUCUGUGGAUUACAUUUUGCCUUCAUUUAUGCUGUUUUGUAGACAGCGGGGAAGCACAGAAUGCGAAGGAAGUGAUUCUGCUGGACUCCAAGGCACAGCAGACAGAACUGGAGUGGAUCUCCUAUCCUCCCAAUGGGUGGGAAGAGAUCAGCGGCUUGGACGAGAACUACACACCCAUUCGCACAUACCAGGUUUGCCAAGUCAUGGAGCCCAAUCAGAACAACUGGCUUCGGACUAACUGGAUAGAGAAGGGCAAUGCCCAGAGAAUUUUUGUGGAGCUGAAGUUCACUCUGAGGGAUUGUAACAGCCUACCCGGAGUGGUGGGCACGUGCAAGGAGACGUUCAACCUGUACUACCAGGAGACGGACUCAGAGGUGGGCAGGAGCUUACGGGAGAACCAGUAUGUUAAGAUUGACACGAUAGCGGCGGACGAGAGCUUCACUCAGGGCGACCUGGGUGAGAGGAAGAUGAAGCUGAAUACAGAAGUGCGCAUAAUUGGCCCCCUGUCCAGGCGGGGCUUCUACCUGGCCUUCCAGGAUGUCGGGGCGUGCAUCGCCCUGGUCUCUGUCAAAGUGUAUUACAAAAAGUGCUGGUCCAUCAUCGAGAACCUGGCCACGUUCCCAGACACCGUGACGGGGUCGGAGUUCUCCUCGCUGGUGGAGGUCGAGGGCAUGUGCGUGAGCGACGCCGAGGAGGAGGCCGACAACUCCCCCAAGAUGCACUGCAGCGCCGAAGGGGAGUGGCUGGUGCCUAUUGGGAAAUGUAUAUGCAGAGCUGGAUUCCAUCAGAAGGGAGACGCGUGUGAACCGUGCGGUCGGGGUUUCUACAAGUCUUCUUCCCAGGACCUUCAGUGCUCUCGUUGUCCGGCACACAGCUUCAACGACCGCGAGGGCUCGUGGCGCUGCGACUGCGAGGACGGCUACUACCGAGCACUCUCUGACCCUCCGUCUGUGGCCUGCACGAGACCUCCCUCAGCGCCACAGAACCUGGUCUACAACAUCAACCAGACCACCGUCAGCCUGGAGUGGGGCCCGCCGGCCGACACUGGCGGCCGCAACGACGUCACAUACAGGGUUAUCUGCCGGCGCUGCAGCUGGGAGCCCGAGGAGUGUGUUCCGUGUGGGCCUAACGUGGGAUUCUCCCCAGCUCAGUCGGGAUUAGUGGACACUUAUCUGAGCAUCGUGGACCUGCUCGCCCACGCUAACUACACUUUCGAGGUGGAGGCCGUGAACGGGGUGUCGGACCUGAGCCGCACGCAGAGGCUGUUUGCGGCAGUUAGCAUCGCCACCGGACAAGCAGCUCCGUCCCAGGUCAGCGAGGUCAUCAAGGAGAAGGUGCAGCAGCGCAGCAUCCAGCUCUCCUGGCAGGAGCCGCACCAGCCCAACGGAGUCAUCACUGAGUACGAGAUCAAGUACUACGAGAAAGAUCAGAAGGACCGGAUCUAUUCCACGGUGAGGUCAAAGUCCACGUCAGCCACGGUGAACAACCUGAAGCCCAGCACGGCCUACGUGUUCCAGAUCAGGGCCUUCACAGAGGCCGGGUACGGCACCUUCGGGCCCAGACUGGAGAUAACCACCAAGGAGGAGACCACAGCUGCCAUCGUGUCCAGCGAGCAGAACCCGGUCAUCAUCAUCGCAGUGGUGGCCGUGGCGGGGACCAUCAUCCUGGUGUUCAUGGUGUUCGGCUUCAUCAUCGGGAGAAGACACUGCGGGUACAGCAAAGCCGAUCAGGAGGGAGACGAGGAGCUCUACUUUCAGUUUAAAUUUCCAGGCACCAAAACCUACAUCGACCCCGAAACCUACGAGGACCCCAACAGAGCCGUCCAUCAGUUUGCCAAGGAGCUGGACGCCUCGUGCAUUAAAAUCGAGCGGGUUAUCGGAGCAGGAGAGUUUGGGGAGGUGUGCAGCGGGCGGCUCAAGCUGCCUGGAAAGCGCGACGUGUCGGUCGCCAUCAAGACGUUGAAGGUGGGCUACACGGAGAAGCAGAGGCGGGACUUCCUGUGCGAGGCCAGCAUCAUGGGACAGUUCGACCAUCCUAACGUGGUUCACCUGGAGGGAGUCGUGACGAGAGGAAAGCCAGUGAUGAUCGUCAUCGAGUACAUGGAGAACGGCUCAUUAGACGCUUUCCUCAGGAAACACGACGGUCAGUUCACAGUCAUCCAGCUGGUGGGCAUGCUGCGGGGCAUCGCGGCGGGGAUGAGAUAUCUCUCCGAUAUGGGAUACGUCCAUCGAGAUCUGGCUGCACGGAACAUCCUUGUCAACAGCAAUCUCGUAUGUAAAGUGUCUGACUUCGGCCUGUCAAGGGUGAUAGACGACGAUCCUGAGGCUGUCUACACAACAACUGGGAAGAUGAAGGAUAUAAUGAAUGUGAUCUUUACUCCAGCCACUGACCUGCGUUUUACUGAACAGGGGGGCAAGAUACCGGUCAGGUGGACGUCGCCAGAAGCCAUCCAGUACCGUAAAUUCACCUCUGCAAGCGACGUGUGGAGCUACGGCAUCGUCAUGUGGGAGGUCAUGUCCUACGGGGAGCGGCCUUACUGGGACAUGUCCAAUCAAGAUGUCAUAAAGGCGAUAGAGGAGGGCUACCGUCUCCCCGCCCCGAUGGACUGUCCUCCAGGACUGCAUCAGCUCAUGCUCGACUGCUGGCAGAAAGACCGAGCCGAGCGGCCCAAAUUCGAUCAGAUAGUGGGCAUCCUCGAUAAGAUGAUCCGCAACCCCAACACUCUGAAAACCCCGGUGGGAACAUGUACGAGACCAAUUAGUCCGCUGUUAGAUCAGAGCACACCAGACUUCACCGCUUUCCGCUCAGUGGGAGAGUGGCUGGAAGCCAUCAAGAUGGAGCGAUACAGAGACAACUUCACAGCAGCUGGCUACAGCUCCCUGGAAUCUGUGGCCAGGAUGUCAAUCGAGGACGUGAUGAGCUUGGGGAUCACGCUGGUGGGCCAUCAGAAGAAGAUCAUGAGCAGCAUACAGACUAUGAGAGCCCAGAUGCUGCAUCUCCACGGGACGGGUGUCCAGGUGUGACGGACUGCCACGCGCCACACAUGACGGGGGCUUAAAAGCAAGAAGCAGAAACUUUCAAAACCUGGAGCAGUGCCUGGGACGUAAAACCUGGGAUAAUCGUCGAAGUUAAAAACGGACAUCUGUCGUGUCUGACUCCUCCGGCCUUGUCUGGAGUGAAAUCAUUCCUUUGUUCCUCAGUGAAAGAUUGUGAGCUUCCUCUGCAAAAGGGCACUAAAGGAGGAGAGGAGAAGGGGGGAAAAAACGGCAACAAAAAAAAAGAAACUACCUGGAUGAGAAGACUUCCUGUUUGGUUUCUUUUUUUUUUUUUUCUCAUGUGCGCUUAUGAACUCGACCACAUAUCAAGAGGCGCACAUUAUGAGUUUGAUGCUUACCUGUCUUUAACUCAACGAAUGACUUGAGUGCACACCAUGGCUUUGGAUUUCCUUUUACAUGAACAAAAAGACGUCUAGCCGUGGUUUCACUUCUUUUUUUUUUCUCCAAUUUGUUAGUUUUGUGAGUUGUUUUUUUUUUUAAAUCUCUUCUCUUUGGACUUGACAACAGGGUAAACUCUUUUAUCCAAACGCAGAGGAACUUUACGGUGCAGAUUCAAAAGGUACUUUUUUUGUGUGUGCACAUGCUGGACUGUUUGCAGUGACUUGUGUUUUCCCUACAUGUGCUGUUGAAGUGACAAUGGUGACCUCACGUGCUCGUUUAAAGCCGACGAAAGUGGGUUUUUUUCUUUCCUUUUUUAAUAAUGAAAUGUCUGAAGAGUGCAACACUGAGGAGACACAGGAGUGCAAAUUGUUCUUCGAAUUACCAGACUUUUUCUAUAAGAGUAGCAAUAUCCUUUGUGUUGUGUUCACUACAGGAGACGCAGAGCGGGAAUGUCGACGCACUGUUGACAGAUUGUACUGAAAGCGAAGCUACCGCAAAUUGUUUUUUGCCAUCAUUUUGCCUAAAAUGUUGCACACGGUGUAUAUUUUGGUGCAUUAUUCAGCUGCAAAUACAAUUUUUUGUAAAGGGUGGAUCCUGGAAGAGUUUAGACGUUAUACUGCCUUAAAUGUGUUAGAUUAAGUAUUGCCUCUAUUCUAGGCACUUCUAUGGCAAUGCUUUCUUCUGUGGUUCAUUUCAACGGGGGCGGACCAGCUCCCUGUUCUAUCUUGUAGUGCGAUGUCUUUUUAUUCUGGAACUUGAACUGGUGUGAUCCGAUGCACGGAUAUAUAUACGGUUUCAAAUGCCACGAGUGACACAGUCGGAGAAGGAGAGGUGGACUUAUCAGAGCAAUAAUUACCAGGUAGAAAUGGCCCCUCACCUGAGGUUUUUAAAGGUGCUAGGUUCUAUCGCAUGUGUGUGCUGUACUGAGAGGAAAUCUUCGGAAAGAUUCAGUCACCGCUUGAAAACAGGAGAGUAAAAAGGAAAUGUAUCUCUUUGACCUUAAGAAAAAAAAAAAAAAAGGGGAUUUGGGAAGUGCUCAGAAAACUGCCGUGCAAAGUCAUCAAAUGAAAUAAUGGUGUUGUGUUUUUUGCCGCUAUGAUAUGCUAAACGUUUGAUGGGAAUCUAACACGGCGUGGAAGUGUUUAAUAAGAGUGGCUGCAGAGAUGAAAGAGGCACCGUUCCAAACACUAUAAAAGGUGCCAAUUAGCCAUGCUGACAUCAUCUUCUGACAUUUGUGCGCCGCCCCAAGAAAAAUCAGAGAGCCCCCUUCAGGGUUCGGGGGUCUUGAAAAUGCAGGACCAAACGACAGAGCCCGAGUCAGACAUGCUGUUAAAUCCCAGCGUCACCGGGCUUUUGCAGGCAGGCCGCGCUUGCUCGCCUUGUUUAUUCAUGUGACUCCGCCGCUCAUCCCUCACAGGCGUAGAUGUGACUGAACAUGCAUUAAAGUGUCUCUUAAGAUUGCUCCUCUUUUUCUUCCAUACGGCUUUGUAUGGAGAACUGAGAUGAGAGGGGCUUUGCAGAUGAUGUGCUAAAAGCCAAUCAACCUAUUCGGUGCCAUCUGUCUCUCCAACUCAAAUACAAGAAGGAGAAGAAGAAAAAAGACAGAGAAAGUUUCCACGUUGAAUAGAGCAUAAUUCACUGAUAAGAGAAUGCCGUUAUUCAUCUGUCAUAGAAAGACGAGUGCUGCUCACAAAAGAAAAACCAUUAUAAUCUGUUCUGCUGCUAAAACAUGGGUAAUAAUCUCGUUCAAAGUCAUUUCUUUCAACUUUCCUCAUCUCAGAUGCACAAGAAAUCAUAACCACCUACAAGCAGUGACACCAUUAGUAGCUCCCUUCACUCUACCUAUAGUCGCUGCAUCUCUCCAUUAUGACCCUGUGUCCACUCUACGCCUGUGUAGACAAGAUUCAAUGAGGAAGAUGUACAGUCUGUCUGGAGUCUAUUGAGUAAAGCCUGUCCUCUCUGAAAGCGUUGCCUCAGCCCUGAUGCAUUUGGACAGUAGCACGGCUGCAUAGACCGAUAUGUUCCACAGCACAUAUUACUUUUUGGACAUGUGGAUAAAGAGAGUAAUAUUUGGGACCAGUGUGGUUUCACCCAAAACCAUUUCCUGACACCCUCCAUUACAUUGUGGUGGCACAUAAUGUGUUCAGAUGAUGUUUGGGCACUAUGCUGAACACAAACACUGGGAAAUCAAAGUCAAUCCCAAAUCCUCCCUAGAUGAAGUCAAUUCAGGGUGCGGCCCCAUGCUAAAAAAAAAGAGACUAGUCUUCAUGCACUUAGCAUAAAAUUGUAUCCAUAUCAUGAAGUGUGAAUAUGAUCUCACUGCCUUCAGUAAUCAUUUUCACUGAUGUGGCAAUCUUUUUUAUAAAAAGUCACCAACCUACUUUUGUGGCCUAAACAUAAUCGAGUAGUUUUCAUCACACAUUAAAAGUUAAGCUAGUCUUGUUGUCACAAACUUAAUGACGUGUACUGUACAUAGACUCACAACACAACCUUUUGAUCUUAACCGAGCCAAGUAUUUUAGGUGUCAGAAUCCGAGGCCAUUUUCCGUAAAGCACGUAAUGAUACCACUACUUACUCGUACCCAAACCACCAUCUUCUUUUUGUUAAUGUCACCAUUUAGUUUUAGUGCCUGAAUGCAAACAAAUAGAUUUUCAUUACACGUUACAUAAGCCGUUCUCACAUGUGCAUAGAGUGCCUGUCGGACAUCAGGGGGGGCGGGGUCACCUGAGACGAGACAUGAUGUACGUCGAACAGAAGAACAGCGCAAAUAGAAAACUUCAUGCAGCAGUUUAAUUUUGUUCUCCUGAUUAUAUCUUGCUGCGUUCUCACAUCAGCUCACUCGGACGUGGUAGAGAAAUUCAGCUGUCGGUGUUCACACAUGUAGAUCACACCAGAAACUUGGGAGUUGCUGUGCAAGUGUGAAAGCAGCUAGAGCACUCAAAGUAACAUAAUGUACCGUAUAUGAAACUAAACUGACUUAAGGACUCAUUUAAACACAAACCACAAUCUUUAGUUUUCUACACUUAACUGAUUCUCAUGUAAUGUAAACCUUUUUAUAAAGAUGUGUGACCUCACCAGACGUUGACCACAUUCUAAACACUUCCCCCAUGUGCAUUGGGAGUUUGCAUUGACUUUGUUUCUCAGGUGUUGGGAGCUAGUUUUGACACGUUACAUGCCACCCGUCCCUGAGAUUACUGAAGACAAAUGAACUGAAAAAAGGUCAUUAAGAUGCAUGUCUUUGUAGACGCGUACAGUGCUGCAGGUUUAUCCAGCUUAGUGUGGCUGUGGAUCCAUUUACACUGUGGGACUCACCUUUGUGAGGAGACACCAGGAAUUAGCCCUGAUCGGCUUUGAGCCCCCCGUGUCACACACACCCCUCCCUUUAUCCAUACAGCAGAGCUCAGCAGUUGGGCCUUGGCCAGACCUUUGAAUUGAAUACAGGCAUAAAAGUCAUUCAGUCAGCACAAACCCCCCCCCCCCCCCCCCCCCCGUUCACAGGCAGCACUCUCCCUCACCCUCACUCCCUGCUCUGAUUUUAAAACUGGUCCUCUGGAGGCCCCUCACACGCUGGGGCAGAAAGCUCCGUCCCAAUUUUUUUUUUCUGCGCUGGACGAACAGCGGUUUGAGCCAAAUUGAGAUUAAGGCCAGGAUACAAUCGAUUUCCAUGUCCAAAUCACCUCUAACCUUCAGCAACAACAAAAAAAAAAGUCACUUUACUGUCUGUCUCAUCCACAUCUUAAACUUCAGGUUGCUCAACUCUGGAAAUUAAACUUUUUGUUGUGACUAUUUCAGCAAAAACACAAAAAGAAGAAAAAAUGUAAAGAAAAAGAAGAAAAAAAAGACACAAAAAAACAGAAGCGUGCAGGAUGUAGAGGUUCAGUUGGAAUCAGGAUUAGCAGAUAGAGUAUGAAGUUAUUUUUCAAAUCUUGUGGUUCAGCAGUUGGAAAUUAGCGUCACCGCUUUGGGCGAGGUGGUGGAUAAUUCCAAAGAGUGCAGCACCGUUGAUUGUGUCCGAAGGAGCCGAGAUUUGAGGGAAUCUUUGUAUAUGUUCUAAUUGUAAAACUUGUACAUUUUAUUUAUAUUGUUUUUUACACAUAUUACUCAGUAGAGAGCUCUGAAUACAUUGAAAAUGCACUAUAUUUUUCUAUCUCGCAGAGGAAUUAUUGUCACCCACAAGAUUUCAGUUGUACAUAAUGUUUUCAUUUAGGACCAAAGACAGCUGAUAGGAUUUCCAUCUUUACUCUGACCUUGUUUUGAUUUUUGCCUUUUAGUUCGUUGUACAGUGAUUCAAAUUGUCAAUUUAUUAUUUAUUUUUCUGUGAUGAAAGUAUUGAGAUUCACUGGUAUUUUCCCCAACAACAGAACUGUAAGAUCAUUUAAUUAGACGAUUUCUUGUUACAUAGACAAUUCUUUUUGCUUUGUAACCUUUGUAAUAGACUGUACAUAUAUUUUUGGAAAUAUAAUACAAUCUCUAUAGAAGU